AUGUCGAAUCCAGAUAAUUGUCCUAACUGUGAUAAUAUUUAUGGGAAUGAACCACGUAAAAUUCCAUGUGGUCAUAUUGUGUGUCAUAAAUGUUGUUUGGAAUUAUUCAAUAAAGAGGAUAAUACUCUUGUAUGUCCAGUAUGCGAUGCAGUACAUCCAUUUAAAUCAAAAAAUAUAUUUAAAAAAUCAUUAGUAACAGUAGCACAUUCGAAUUUUGGACAAAAGAAAACAGUACGUGAAGUUAGUUUUGCAUCAUCAAUGCCAAUGGAAAAAGCAUCUGGUGCAGAAAAAUCUGCAAAUAAAGAAGUAAAGAAAGCAGCUGCAAAAUUACCAACAGCUCCACCAGGUGCACCACCAGAAGCAACAUCAACACAUACUUCUCCUCCUCCACCACCGCCACCACCACCACCGGUGGAACCUGUUGUUGUCACUACGAAACUACCACCUCCAAUGCCUCUUAUGCCAACUAGACCACCUGCAGCAGAUAUCAUGCCAAGAUUAGCAAAACAAAAAGUGCCUAUAACGAACAAUACACCACCACCACCACCACCUUCAUUACUUAAUACAAUAGUUUCACCUCCACCACCACCACCGCCGCCGCUACAACCAGCACCGACAUCAAUAUCAUCUGCUUCGGAUGCUGUUAUUGCGCGUUGUCACAGUUGUGGAAAUAAAUGUCAAGUUAUUGUAUGUGAACAUUGUGAUCAUUUUGUAUGUCUUAAAUGUGCUGAAGAACAUCGAACAACUACGAAAGUUGAUACACGAGAUUUAACAAAUAAAUGGCAAGAAUGUAAAAAUAAAUAUAGUACUUUACUUCAAAAAUUAAAUCAAUAUAAUCGUGAUAGAACACAGAUUGAAAGUGAUCUUGCUGCUAUACGAGUUGCUGUCGAACAACGUACACGUGAUGCUAUUGAAUUUGUUGUCGUACAACGUGAUUCAUUAGUUAAUCAAAUUAAUAAACAUAUUAAUGAAGAACAAACUAUAAAUAGUAAUAAACAUAAUGAACUGACUAGUGAAUUUCAUCAAAUACAAAAUCGAUUUGAAUGUGCUUUAAAUGGAGAAGAUAUUGGUUCAUAUACUCAAGAUGAUUUUCUACGUGAUAUUCGUGAACUUCAAAUUCGAAUGAAUAAACGUAGUGAUUUAAUUGAAACACAUAUCUUAAAAAUUCCAAACAUUACUCGAUAUGAACGAGUAUCAAUUGAAAAAUUACUUGGUGAACUUCGUUUUAAUCCUCGUAUGAUGAAUGGUAUUCCUAAUUUAACAAAAUCUCCUUUAUUAAAUCAAAAACAUUCACCAAAACAAAAUGGUUUUUUUGAUUAUCCUUCGAUUUCACCAAGUCAGUUAAUAUCAAAUUCAAAUUCAUCUAUGAGAAUUCCACCAGGAAUAUCUCCACCAUUAAUAAAUACGAAUACAUUAUCAACGAAUUCUGUUACAUCAAUAAAUGAUAAAACUACAGUUAAACCAUUAAUGGCAGAUACACAUACAAAUGGUAAUGGUGAUACAUUCAAAGAAUUUCUUCGUAUGGCAGCUCAAAUUCAUCAACAAUUCAAUGCACCUUAUAGUAAAGUAAUUAAUACUUCUUCACCACCGCCACCAUCACAAACACAAUCACAACUACCACCACCAUCAUCAUCAAAUUCAAUAUCAAUAUCUGAUGGAAUUACAACUAAUGGUGGAACUGAUAAAAAUAUCAAAUCAUUAUUAACAACUAUACCAAAUCGAACUGUUUCAACAAGUGGUACAUUUGUUAAAUCAUGGAAAAUUGAACAUACAGCUGUACCUAAUUUUUUAUGUAUGACACCUUAUCCUACACCAAAAAUUUUUGUUGUUGAUAAAUAUGGUAAAGUGUCUGUUUGUAGUAUUCCACCUAAACCCACCAAACCAUUUGAUUCAUAUAUAUUAUUUCCAAAUGAUACAGAUGAAUGGAUUGAAUCUGUUGUUGCAUCAUCAAGAUUUCUUAUUGUUUAUUCACGUAAAAAACAGGAUACAAUGACUGGUACAUUAUAUUUUUUUAAUCAUGAAUGUAAACCAGUUUUACCAAAUGGUAUACAUCAAAGUAUUCCAGUACAUCAUAUUUUAUGUGAUCAAAAUGCUAAUCGUCUUUAUUGUCUUGAUCGUAUGCGUUGUACAAUUUAUUAUCAUACAUUACCAAAUAGUUUAGCUGAAAUUGAAACAUGUAUGAAAACACGCCGUGAUUUUACACAAUUUAAUCCUAAUUAUACAGCUGUUAAAAUGUUACAGAACGAUGAUAUUUUAGGAUUUUAUGAACGAAAUGAUUGUACAGUGCAUUUAUAUAAUAAACAAACAGCAGAAAAAAUCGAAGAAUUUAAAUGUGAACAUUGUAUGGAUAAAUUUGAAAGUUGGGGAAUUAUUGCCAUACGAAAAGAUAACAAUAGUCUUAUAUUUAAAGUUGAUGAACGUGCUGAUCAUGAUGCAGUAACUCGACAACAUAUUGUUUAUGAAGUAAAUCGUUCAACAAAACAAAUAAUAAGUAAAAUUCAACUUAAUUCAGUAUUUGGAAUGAUUAUUGGACCUAGUAAUGAAGUUAUUUUGGGUAUUCGUCAAACAAAAGAGAGUGGUAUUGUUCAAUGUUAUGUAAGAAAAUAA